AUGAGCAAGACAGCAGAAUUGUCCAGUUUCAUCAUGAAGACUUGUGGAGCUCUACUGGUGCUGCUGUGCUGCUGUUUGGCUGAGACACAGCUUACAGGAGACACCAUCAGUGACAAUGACAUCACUCACCAGGGCCACUAUGGUGAAGCAGAGACCAGAGAAAAGGAGGUUAUGGGUGCAGCACAGAGGACUGAAGAUGCAGCCACAGCCUCCACCCAACAAACCUGCCAGCCUGACAUCCACACUGUGCUGAGAGAGAUGAGUGUCCUGGUGACUGAGCUGAGGAUGGAGCUCAGACACACCAAGACACAAAUGGAGGCCAUGGAGAGCAGACUGAGAGUCAGUGAGAAUAAAGCAGAGACUAUGGAGUCCAGACUGAGAGCCAGUGAGAAGACAGUGGAGGCCUUGGAGGUCAGACUGAGAGCCAGUGAGAGUCUGGUGGAUCGACUAAAGAGUGAAAAUAAGGCUCAGUCCAUGAAUCUUAACCUCACUGUGAGUCAGGUGGAGGAGCUGAGGAGGGAGAGAGAGGAGAGGAGGGUUUCUUUCUCUGCCUCACUGCUGGCAUCUGGUAGCGCAAAUACAGGACCUUUUUCAGUAGCAACUCCCCUGGUCUACAGACACAUCUUCACUAAUGUAGGAAAUGCCUACAACCCAAACACAGGUGUUUUCACAGCUCCAGUCAGAGGGGUGUACAACUUUGUUUUGUUUGCAACCAGUUAUGGUCAUGCAUCUGCACCUAUGGGAGUUUCUCUUCAUAAAAAUGGAGAGCAUGUUGUCCUUGCCUACAGUCGUCACACAAGCGGCUAUAAAGAGGGAUCUAAUGGAGCCUCUCUGCUGCUGGAGGUGGGAGAUGUGGUCUAUGUGAAGUUGUGGCCCAAUGGUUGGGUGCAUGAUAGUUACAACCACCUCACCACCUUCUCUGGCCAUCUGCUCUUCCCCAUGUGA